AUGGCCGAGUCAGAGGACAUACACGCCCGCAAGCCCUCCGGUAUAAACAUAUUCGGAAUCUCUGGCAGCGGCUAUCAUCAUCUAAUGCCCCACGAAAUGGCCGAUCUUCACAGCCCCUCGCCGGAAGCAAAAACGGGCAGCAGUCCUCCCGAGACACCGCAUUCCUUUCAUAACCUGCUUGGAGGGCACCCGGCGGGGAGUUCUUCUUCCAGUCCCAGAGUCGCUGAUUCUCAAGGAACGCCUGAGCCGUACUCUCAGAUUUGGGCCCCGUCUAUGCCGCGUGGUGAUGAGAAGAAGAUCGAUAUGCCUAGGACCAUGGAGCGAGAAGUCAAGAUGAGUGAGGGCGGGAAACUUCCUAAGAUUGUGGAACCGAGGGGGGAUGCGAUGGAUGAUGAGUUUGAUGAUGAGAUCUUUUAUAAAAAGUUUGCGGAACCCCCAAAGGGUUGUUCAACAACGCGAGAUAUUCACCAGCCAAGAUCAAGCUGGCUCUCAAUUACCAUCUACGUCCUCUCCGUCUACUCAACAGUCGGCAGUGGAAUCUGGCUCGUCACAGCCAUCCUCCAGCCAAGAUGGGGACACAAAAUCGCCUCUGGCGCAUCCCUCUCACCAUCAACAGCAACAACCCUUGCAGCACUACUAGCAAAGACCAUCGAAAUGUCCUUCGUCACCGUCUUCGUCUCAUGCCUAGGCCAAGUUCUCACCCGCAGAGCUUUUAUUCGAAAAGCCCAUGGCAUGUCACUUGCUGAGAUGACGAUGAGGAACUGGGUUAUUCAGCCUGGAUCACUCAUCACUCACUUCGAAACACUGCCUUCUUCGUCGUUGACGCUUCUGGGCAUGUUGUCGCUUACCGCUACGAUUGCAGCUGCGUUUUACACGACUGCUUCUGAUGCGAUGGUCUCGCCCAAGUUGAAGUCUGGGAGCUGGGAGCAUAAGGAGCUUGUUGGAUAUGUGCGUGCAUCGUAUGCUAAUGCAGCUUAUGUGCGUGAGGAUUGCCCGUAUCUUUUUAACAUCACUGAAGAUAUCCAUGCCGCCGAGUCGUGCAUGAAUGUUCAAUUUUCGGGUCAAUCUUACAGGAAUUUACUUAACUAUAUGAAUAUGUGGACGAACCUGAACCAAAACGGAACCGAAAUCUCAUCGGAUUUGAAGAAACGACCUGGUGGAACGACACUACUCCACGAUAAUACUACGAUGUACUCUUCCUGGAUCGAGACUGAGCACGGCGACGUUGAAGCGCAUUUUGAGGAAACAGGGCGUAUUAUCAAUAAUGUCACUCUAGCCCUUCCUCACCCCGGUGUUUAUGGUGCUUCGAAACUCAAAGUGAACGGAAUUCUUCAACCUGACGAUCUCGCUGGUGUGGGAGAGUACACUGUUCGGGCAGGCGUUGUCUCACCAUCUGUCAACGUCUUGUGUGUCGACAUGGAUAAAAAGGAACUUGCGCCUCUUGUUUAUACGACGUGGCCUAAUGCCAAGGUCAAUGACACUGAUAUCCCUGGUCAAAAGACUGGCUGGUCUGGUUGGACGGGCGAAGUUCCUCAGCCACUUGAUGGGAAGAACAAGGAUUAUUAUCUUAACCGGACUGAUGUGGAUGAUAUAUUCAGAUGGGGACCAAAGUACGAACGUCGACCUCCUGUCUUCCAGAUGUACCCUUUUGACUUCAAUCUUCUCACCAACGCAACCGUCUAUGCUGCCGACGCCAUCUACACCCUCGGCAAAUCACCCGAGAGCAAAAACUACACCGUCUGCCAACUGCGAUCAUGGGUAUCUCCCAACUGUUCUACCGAAUUCAACAUCUCCGGUAUCGCCGGUGCCAGCAUGAAAGCUCACUGCGAAGACGACGCCGACGAGAAUGCUUAUCGACGAUCAUUCCCUUCAGACCAAGGCUGGUCUGCUCCCUCUCUUGACUGGAAGUGGCUCGCUGAUCAAUGGCGUUUGUCUAUGGAUCUUAAUGGUGGCUCUGUUAACAACAAUGCUUCCAACGCUCGUAUCCUCACUCAACUUGCCCUUCAUGAACCCAAGAUGCCAGCUUCUUAUCCCUCACUUGCCGAAGCCCUUGCUGUGUAUUCCAGCUCUCUCAUCAUGAUCAGUGCCAUCGAUACAUCUUUCCGUCACUACUGGGAUCAGGACCCUAAAGCAUACCCCGAAAACCUCAUCCCAGCACCUGGUUUUCCUCAACCCUUCAACGCAUCUCUCAUCACACAGGAAUACACAUCCGGACACACUCAAUCAUGGCAGAACAUCUUUUACGUCGUCCUCGUCCUCGUCUUCGCCAUCAAUUUAUUCUGUCUGGGCUACUUCAUCAUGCGCUCCGGGCUAGUAACAGACUUCACCGAACCACAGAAUUUAUUCUCUCUGGCGAUCAACAGUCCGCCAAGUAAUUCGUUCCACGGCAGCUGUGGUGGAGGUCCUGAGAAGAGACACCUUGUUGUUCCGUGGAAGGUUGCGUAUGCGCCGAGUGCGAACCAUUACUUUUUCCAGGACAACUCGCCUGGAAAGGAGAAUGAGGGGUUGAGUACGGCGAGGGAGUAUGGGGAACCGAGGGUGAGCAGUUACAAGAGACUCAGCAUGAGUAGGACUUGGCUGUAG